AUGCAGGCCGCGAGGCUUGCCACCGAGCCUCCAUGUAUAACAGAGGAUGUGUUUGAAGACUACCUAGCCACAGAUGAUAUGCUUGUAGACUACUUCAAUGAAUUUUUGAGUCUUCCGACUUUUGCCCAGCCGGUUAAGUUUAACCCUGAUUUUGGGGUUUUUGAAGUAGUUGAUGAUGCCCCUCAGCGCCUGGAAAGCCAGCUGAAAAAAAUUCUGCAUGACCAGAAACCUCCCAACCCCAUUUAUGAUGUUAUAAGGAAAGCAAAGAAUGAUGGGCAGCUUUCCAAAAAGAGCAAAGCUUCUCCAGCCUUGAAUAUUGAUCCAAAUUACAACACUAUGCGUCUUCAUCGAGAACAAGCAAUUCAAUGGGUUAAGAAAGAGAGACUUCCAGCAUUUCUAGAAAGUGACUGUUACUUUGAAUACAGGCUAGCUAAGCUGAUAUCACRGGUAAAAUGGAGCAAGACUGGCAUUAAUUUCAUUAUAGACAGAGGUUACUAUCCCUGGAUAAGGAAGAGAGACCCAAGUCCUCCUUUCCCCGAGGAGGAUGCCACUUCAUCCACUAUGAAGAAAUUCUAUGUUUCACUUGGCAAGGCUACGCUUUCUCAGACAGAGGAUUGGUUUACACUAGCAAAACAGAGUGAAUCCGUGAAAAGUGCAGAUCCUUUAGCUUCUCGUCAGAGUCAAGAUGCUCCUUUUUUCCCUGGUCAGCAUGAAAGAAAUGAUUUAUUAAGUGAAAAACCUGCCUUUCUAGAAGCAGGUUCCUUGUCUACGGAAUCUCACCAGCGGAGUUUCAUUUCCCCUUCAAGGACAGCGCCAGCAAAAUCCAGGAAGAGAUCCAGAAAGGCUGAGGAGGGUUCUGCUGUGGCUAUUGCUGCUUCCCGCAGUCAAUUAACGGUUUAUGUAGGCCAGAAAUGGGAGAGUGCAGCAAAAGAAGAAAAUGAACAGGGAGUUAAUACUUUUCAAACUGUGGAGGAAUUCAUAUCAGCUUAUGUUCAGUUUAUACUGACGGAAGCCAUUUCAAGCUUGAUUGGUGAGCCAGUUGCCAAGAGUGAGAAUGUUGUGGAUUUCAAUAAAUUGUCUAAGGUGUUUAUACAAGAGUUAGCAAAUAAGGAAGUUUCCCUUGGUACUACAGAACCACUCUUUUCUCAGAGUUUUUCUCCAUUUAAUGCCUUGGACUCUAAGUGUGUGGUGCCAGAACGUGAUAUUGAAGAAGUAAGUUUACGAUCGAGUUCGGAAAGCGAAGGGGCAGAUAGCAGGGCUGCCUGGUGCACCAGUCACAGAACUUACGACAUUGGCAACAGACAUGAGUUUGAAAGAUUCAAGAAGUUCAUUCAAGGAACACUUGGGGAGAGGUACUGGUGGCUCUGGAUGGAUAUCGAACGACUGAAGGUUCUUAAGGGCACCAGAAAGCAGCAAAGGCAGCUUGACAAGAUGAAAAAACUCUAUCUGCUGAGUGGUGGAGAUUAUUGCCUCAGUUCAGAAGUUCUGCUCAGAUUAGAUCUACUACGUGGAGAUCAGUGGAAUAUAACGCACUUAAGACAGAUUCAACCUGAAGUUGUGAAACCUUUACUCCUUUACUGGGGUCCCAGAUUUUGUGUCACUCAUUCAACAGCAAUACGAAUGGCCAGUGCAGAACUGAAGCGUUGGCACACACACCAGGAGAGACCAAGGGUAGACAUCGAUCCUUUCCCACAAAUGGUAUCAUUGCUGCCACUGAGACCUAAGUCUUGCCUGCCCAGGAUAACACAUUUCCAUCCUCAAGUAAGUAGAUCAUCAAGGCUAUCAGCUACCCUGUCACCAAGUCCUAGCCCUCAAAAGGAUAAUGAUUCUAGCAGUAAAAAGAGGCCAAAAUCAGUAAGCAGUGACAUAAUUCGUGGCUUAGCUUUGGAUGAGAUUGCAGACUCAGAAUACAAGGGUGGUAGAAAAUACACCUAUGCUGAAUUGCUCCAAGGGAAAAGUGCUGCUGGCAGUGCUGUCCUAGGGGGACCAAGAAUGGAAAGCAUGCUGCAGUCUCUUUAUUUGGAGAACAGAGCAGGCUACUACUUCACACACUUCUGCGAGAAGUCAGGGAAUAAGUUGUGGGAGAACAGUGCGUACUUUUGGUUUGACCUACAGGCUUAUCAUCAGCUUUUUUACCAAGAAACUCUUCAUCCUUUUAAAAUAUGCAAGCAAGCUCAAUUUCUUUAUGCAACUUACAUUGCUCCAUCUGCCACUAUGGACAUUGGACUCCGUCAGAAUAAGAAAUAUGAGAUUUAUAAGAAUAUUGACCCAGCUUUUGAGGAUCUUUUUGACCCAGCAGAAGAAUACAUUCUCACUCUCCUGCUAGAACCGUGGAUGAAGAUGGUAGAAGAAGACAGAUGCACUUAUGAAAAGGUGGAGCUGGUGGAAGAAACUCGACAGCUGGACUCCGUGUACUUUAGAAAGCUCCAGGCUUUGCAUCAGGAGAGUGUUUCCAAGAAGGAUGAGAGUCCUGCAGCUGACACUGGUCUGCCAACUAGUCCUGAUGUUCUCCAAAAAGAUGAGCACUUGUAUCAAGUUCCCCAAGAGCUGGCAGGUCCUAAUCUGUAUGACUUGAUCCACGACAAACUGAAGUUAGAACAGUUUCGUGUUUUUCUUGAUGAGCGUUCUGCUGGCAUGGAUCUCAAGUGUUGGCUAGACAUUGAACAGUUCAGAAGGAUGCUCCACAAGGACAAAGAAAAAAGGGAGGAAAAAUCUAAGGACAUUAAAAACAAAUACCUCAACAAGAAGUACUUCUUCGGACCCAAAAGCCCAGCGACCAAGGAACAGCAAGAAGAGCUAAUGCGUUCAGGUGGAGGAUGGGGACAGAUCCUUCAUGAUCAGGUUUCUCCAGCAAUUCUGCUGGAAAUUCAGCAGUACGUCCAGAAGAGAUUAGAAAAACAAUGGUUGCCAUUGUUUCUGGCAGAAGAACAACAUGAGGCGGAUGAAAAAGCAAAGAUAAGAGACAUAGUUGAAGAUCUUCUAAUCCAGAAGAAGGAGAAGACAACUAGGAUGUGGAAGCAUGUGGACAAUAAGUGGGUUUCUUCAUCUCGGGAAAUAAUUGCUUUCCGCAAAGCGCUGUUGAAUCCAGUGACAGCAAAUCAGUUUCAACGCUUUGUGUCCCUGAAAGGAGACCUGCUGGCGAACGGAGUGCUCUUCUGGCAGGAGGUCCAGAAGUAUAAGGACUUGUGCCAUUCUCAUUGUGAUAAUGCCACAAUCGAAAAUAAAAUCACAACUAUUAUCAACUGCUUUAUUAAUUCCGCUGUGCCGCCAGCUCUGCAGAUUGACAUCCCACUUGAACAAGCAGAGAAGAUUYUGGAGCACAGGAAGGAACUAGGACCUUACGUUUUUAGAGAGGCACAGAUGACUAUUUUUGCACUUCUGUUUAAAUUUUGGCCAAAUUUUUGCGAGUUUCGAAGCAACCUGGCCACUGACAAUAUUUUACCUGCCUUGGAAAGAAAAAAAGAACGACUGAUGCAAAAGAAGAAAAGCAAAACAGCAGAGGGUAAAGGAGAGGAGAAAAAAGCUCUCAGUCGGUCAAGCAGUGUUUUCAGAGAUGAAUUUGGUGUGGAGAGAAGACGAGCAUCAUGUCCAUAUGGAUACACGCAGCAGGUUUCCUGGUCUUAUUCCAAGUACAUAGAAGCCUUGGAGCAGGAGAGAAUACUCCUUAAAAUGCAAGAAGAUCUGGAGAAAAACCCAUCAUCACUCCUUACAGGUUCCUCAUCUAUGUCCUUGCUGAAGCCACGUAGCUCUGAAAGAUUCAUCUUUUCUUCAAGGAGUAGUACGAUCUUUGAGAAACGCUUAGAUCUUCCCAGAGAAACAGAAAGUGAGUACCGGAUUGCCAACACGGUACUUUGA